GUGGGAAGGUAAAAGUCUUUCUGUGGUAAACUCGGUCGCCAUUUUUUGCACGGCAGUGUUGAGCAAGGUUGCAAGGGGAACAAGUUUGAAAAUUUUCAUUAUGGUGUUUGCAUGUUGUGCCUACAACUGCAAAAAUCGGCAAGUUGCAGAGGUAAAAAACAAAGGAGUGACUUUUCAUAGGAUUCCCAAAGAUAAAAAAAUUCGCAAACUGUGGGUUCAGGCAUUACACCGUAUUGAUCCUUUGACAAAGAACCCUUGGCAACCAACAAAAUAUAGUUACAUAUGUUCUCAACAUUUCAGAAGUGAAGACUUUGAUAGAACGGGUCAGACUGUACGCUUGAGGCAAAAUGUCGUUCCUUCUGUGUUCCAGUUUCCAUCUCACCUACAGUCCCGGCCAGUCAAGAUGCGGAAUUCGUUCACUUCUCGUCGAGCACUUGAAAUUGACACAGCCGUCAGUGCUAAGAAAGAAUCUUCAUGUAACACAGUUAACGCUGUGACACUGGAUCAUUCAUAUGUCAUCAGAGAUAGCCCUCGGCAGUUAAAGCAGAAAAUUGAUGGUCUUAUGGAAGUAGUAGAAAGACUGCAGAGGCAAUUACAUAAUGCUACAAGACGAGAGAAACGUCUCCGUCAGUCCAUGAUCAGUACAAUGGAUCAUAGUAAAGUCAAAGAACUGAUUACAGAUAUGCAAAACCUGUCAGAUCUGGAAAUGAGCCCAUCUUCUAAACCACUUCAUUAUGAUGCUGAUGACCUUUAUGAGGCUGAUGAGGCUAGAACACCUUUAGAGAUCGUCAUGGUUGCAGAGGAAGAGCAGAUCAGCAGACUGUGGCAAGAUGUGGUCCCCUUAGAAUGUGACAUCAGAGAACAGUGGGCAGUGACAUUAGUAGAUCCUAACAAUUUGGAAACAUCAGGGACUGGCAUACAAGAAGCAACUUGAAGUAAUUAAAUCAAAAUUUACUAAAAUGCUCUUAAAGACAUUUUUUGGCCACUUUUUGAUUAUCAUCAUGUUUGAAAAAAAAACACAGCAGAAACCUGGUUCUCACAUUAUUACAGAAGAUGUUUUUUGUGAAACAGGGUUUAGAUUCAGUUGGCCAUCUAAACUGUGGAGACAUUUGCAGUGUGCAAAAGACUUCCCUCUUGGGAAUAACUGUCAUUUGAAGAGGUGAGAAAUGGAGGUUGACUUGAAGAGAUAGUGCAAUCUAUCCUUUUUACUGUGCCUUCGGCUAACAUGCUUAAUGUCCAUUUUGGUGUUAUUUUUGCGCAGACUGACAUAGAUACUGUGCCUGAAGAGUGAGAGAUCUGUGAGGACAUUUUAUUACCACAGACUGUAGCUAUUGGGACUAUAAAGUACUAGCAUGUGAACCGCUCAACAUUUUGCCAGCUGCUGCUGCUGUUUUCAUAGAGAUUAUUGCACGUGGACACCCCCAGUGUAACACUGCUGACUUCAUCAUUUUCAUUUCUUUCUCCCACCAACAGUACAUUAGAGCACAUACUUUUAAGUGUUUUUUUUUUCCUGUUGCAAUAUUUAUUUAAUAUGCAUGAAUGUUUUCAGUGAAGCGUCACCUUUCCUCAUCUCUUUUUGUUCCAAAGUAAAAAUCUGCAAGAUUGAAGCACUUAGUUUGUGUUUGUUGACUAAGUUUCUACACUUCAUUGUGAGGCAUUGUGAGAUGUAGAGUAAAAGAUUUUCUACAGAACUAAAUGCGUCAGCAGUCACAGAUUUUGUACCCCUCCCUGUUGCGUAUAAAUGUAUUUUUUGUUCCCCUUCUGCUUUAUUCUUUCCAGCGACCCCAUUGCCCCCCUCCCCCCAUUGCCAUGUCUGUCAGCCUCUCCUACUGCCCCCAGACUAUCUCUGUUUUAAGGCUGAGGUUCACACGGAACCAAAGGGUGUCUUGGUGGGUAAUGUUGACUGCUUCCACUGGGGGACGUUUUUCAUUUAUAACCUACCCCUUGGCUCCCCCCUUGCAUUUGUCUGUUACAUCUGAGGGCUACUCCCUUCUGUGGACUACUGCUUCCCACAGGGAGUGCCUAGAAGAUCAACCUCCCCAGGGAUAGGCAUGUCCAUCCCUUCCUGCCAGUACCACUAACUGAACCCAGGUUCCUGGGCUGCACUUUGGCUUUUAUCCCUCUACACCACAGUACUGAUCACUUUACAGCAUAUUAGUGUUUCUCUUUUGUGAAAGUUAUUUAAUACUUUGUAGAGGACUGUUGCAAGGACUUUGUAUAAUGAUGUCCCAAUUUGUAUUAUUACAAAUAUGCCUGCGGUAGACAGCUCUCAGAUAUUUCUGCAUAGCUGAUGAUUAUUUAAUUUUGGGAUUCUCAUUUUAAAGAUGAUUGCGUACUUUGUAUACAGUUUAAUAAAGUCAUGGCAGUCUGAAUGUAUUUAAAAAUCAAA